UUUGAAGCAAACAAGUUGCUGCAACAUUAUCAUAUCCCUCUCUCCAUGAAUACCCUUUACCUUUUGAAAGAAUGAUAAGUUACUAACACCAAGAUAAGGUACAAACACCUAAGUUUUCUGUAACCAGCCUUGCACAUUACACCUAACUUAAUUCCCUCACCCCGAGAAUAAAAAAAGCCUCCUCCUUCCCCCUCUUUACACAUCAAGCUAGCAAGAGAGACCAUCAUAAACUUCAAAGAUGAUGAAACGAUCUCUCUUUUCAUUCUCUCUUUUUCUCUUCUUUCUCCAUUUGACCAAAACUCUAGCCCUGUCACCAGCUGCACCUACUUCACCUCUUGGCCCUGCCAACAUCAUGAAAAUCCUUGAAAAGGCAGGCAAUUUCACAACGUUUAUCCGCCUUAUAAAAGCCACCCAUGUGGAUAUCCAAUUAUCCUCUCAGCUUAAAAGCUCAGGUGACGGCAUAACCAUCCUUGUUCCAAGUGAUAGUGCCUUUUCGAUCCUCAGAGCUGACACUUUAAACUCCCUAGCAGAUAAAGAAAAGGUCGAGCUGGUGCAGUUUCAUGUCCUAACACAAUUUCUGCUAUUAUCCCAGUUUGACACUGUGAGUAACCCUGUAAUGACACUGGCAGGAUCAAGUGGCAGGUUACUACUUAACAUAACAGUCACAGGGAAUGUAGUGAAUAUAACUACAGGAAUUGACUAUGCAACCAUUUCUGACACUAUUUACACAGAUAACCAGGUUGCCAUUUAUCAGAUUGACAAGAUGCUACUUCCUUUCGACCUUUUUGCUCCAGGGCCAGUACCAGCAAAGCCGGCGGAGAGUCCUGAAAAUGAUGUUCCUAAGGAUGCUUCUAGUUCAACGAGUUUGGUUUUGAAUUAUAUUGUGGUGCUCUUUGAACUUUGCAGAGUUGCUGAAAUAGUCCUGUUGUGAAAUUGAAGCUGAAGAGAGUUUCAAAUCUAUAUAUUGGAGUUGGUUAAUUUCUUUGCUGAAUUGGAUUGAAGAAUGGUGAUCAUCAACAGUGUCUUGAAUAAUUGACAAGUUUUAUCAGUUCUUUUUGUAAUUAAUAAAGAAUUCUGAACUUGUUGGGAUA